CUGUUGUCAGUGAUGCGCACGGUGCACGGUCGCCUCGCUCUUUCCUCCGACUUCGGCAGCAGGACUCGGAAGGCUUAGCGGAGGCGGCGGAGCUUGGACCCUCCUGCCAACCAUGGAUCCACGUCGCAAGGCGAAGGCCCCGAGGAGACGGCCCCCCAGCCCGGUGCCCGGACCCUCGCGGCCAGGCCCGAGCCCGCGCCGCCCGUCGAGGACCCCGACGAGACGACCCUCCAGCCCAGUUCCCGGACCCCGGCGGCCAGACCCGAGCCCGCGCCGCCCGUCGAGGACCCCGACGAGACGACCUUCCAGCCCGGUUCCUGGACCCUCGCGACCGAGCCGCAUCAGUCAAGGCGCUUCCAGUCUACGCCGAAGGCGGAAAUUUCUGUGGCUGAAGGAAGUGAAGAAACUGCAGAAGAGCACAGACCUCCUGCUGAGGAGACAGCCUUUCGGCAGAGUCGUUAGAGAAAUCUGUCAGAAAUUCACUCGCGGUGUGGACUUCUAUUGGCAGGCCCACGCCUUGUUGGCCCUUCAAGAGGCAGCAGAAGCGUUUCUAGUUCACCUCUUCGAGGACGCCUAUCUUCUCACCUUACACGCUCGCAGAGUCACCCUCUUCCCCAAGGACGUGCAGCUGGCCAGGAGGAUCCGAGGCAUCGAGGGAGGGCUCGGCUGAGCCGGCAGCGUGCCGU